AUGGCAGCCUCCGGAGACCUCAUCAACUUUGACAUCAUCGAGGCCCAAAAGGAGAACAUCCAGGCCCUCCCCAGUGGCCGCUCCGCAAAGAAGCUGGCCGAGGCCUUCUCCCCGUCACCACUCCACAAGCUGUCAACACCAACACCAACAGGCAGCAAGAACGUCACAGAUUGCAUUCGCGCCGAGUACGAAGCCGAGAUCGCCAACAUCUCCGAAUCAGACGACCCGCUCGACGUCUACGACCGCUUCGUUCGAUGGACCUUUGACGCCUACCCCUCUGCCCAGGCGACGCCCCAAUCCCAGCUACACACUCUCCUCGAACGCGCCACCAAGGCCUUCAUCACAUCGGCCCAGUACAAGAAUGACCCGCGCUACCUGAAGCUGUGGAUCCUCUUCAUCCAGUUCUUCGCCGACGCGCCACGCGAGACCUUCCUCUUCAUCUCCCGCCACAACAUUGGCGAGAGCCUCGCCCUGUUCUACGAAGAGUAUGCCGCCUGGCUCGAGAGCGCGGGCCGCUGGGCGCAGGCCGAGGAGGUGUACAAGCUGGGCAUCGAGCGCGGCGCCAGGCCCGAGCAGCGCCUGAUGCGCAAGUUCAACGAGUUUGAGCAGAGGCGAGCCGCCCAGGGCCCAGAGGCAACGGCCGCGCCCUCAUCACCGGCCCUGCCCGCCAUGCGACCGGCCCUCGCUGCCAAGGUCGACCCGUACGCCGCCGCCGCCGCCGCCGCUGCUGCUGCCGAGAACCCUCAAGCGCCACGACCCGGCCAAGGCGUUGGCGGCCCGACGGCCAAGCCUGGCAAGGCCAAGAUGGCCAUCUUCUCAGACGCCUCUGCCGAACCGUCGGCGCUGUCGGCGCGCCCGGCCAGCUCCGAGGGCUGGGACACGAUUGAUUCGCUGGCGAACCGGAAGAAGGAGAACGUCACGCAGGCGAAGCCGUGGGUGGGCGAGACGAUGAAGGCCGGCGGCAAGAAGAGCAGCGCGCCCAAGAUGCAGAUCUUCAAGGAUACGUCCAAGCCAAAAGUAGCAGAAACACAUACCCUUGUGCCCUCGACCGAGCAGGUUGUGGUGAAUCCCGUGAGCGGUAAACGUGAGCGCGUCUUUGUUGACCUCGAGGCCGUCUACCCGGCGCCCGAGCUGCCCGGAUCCGAGUUGAGCUUCGAAGAGGUCUGGGCGAUGAACAGAGGCUGGCUCGACCAUUCCUGGGAGGAGCAUGUCAUGAUGGACCCGCUGCCCGAAGAUGAAGUUGAGAACCUCGGACACAUGGUGAAGGAGAAGCUGACCGUGUAUACGGAAACGGUGACCUUGGACGAGAACGGAAACAUCCAGAAGAAGGGCAAGAGCAAGAAGACGAGGACGAUGGAGUUCAACGAAACCCAAAUCAGUAGGUGUGACCCUUGGAACAAACCACUGCAGGCCACUAACACAAGAGCUUCAGUCAAGGCGAACUUGGACUCGCCGUCAAAGCCGACCAAACUCAAGAAGAGGAAUGCGACCGCCGAGCCCACAAUGACCCUGCACACCAAGGCAGCAACAGAUGACAUUUAUGAAAUCUUCAACCAGCCUCUGAAGCCCACCCAGCCCCUGGAAGACGAAGAAGAGGAGGAGGACGAAAGUGACGAAGACGACUAUGAGACGGAUGGAGAUGGAGACUACACAAGCGGAGCAGAGAGCACCAUGACGACGACGCGACAAGUCGACACGAGUGAAGCCGGCGAGGAUGACGAUGAUGAGCCAUCCGAUGUGAAGAGCGUCAGCGAAUGGUCCGACUUUUCAACCCGGAGACAUGUGCCAGGCAUUAACGAGGGCAACGAAGUUGACGAGUCAAAUGACACGCAGGUGUCCAACCUAAUUGAUAUCAACGAGGACGAGAACUCGUUGCCUUCAUCGCGGGACCCGACGGGUUCCCGAGAGGAGGAUGAGCAGGAGCCCAGUGAUUUGUACGAGGAGGACGACGAUGUGGACGACGAUUUGCAGACUCCCAUUGACGAGGACUACCCGCCCAGGACGCAGACCGUCUUCGUCCCGAUCCCGCCAGAGGAUUAUGAGCCCAGAACGCGGCCUUAUCGGGACCCGGUCGAAGCGGCUAACAACCGCCUCCCCUUCAUGACCCCCAUCACAGAGAGGACGGAAUCCUCGCUUGGUGUCCUGACAGCUCGUAGGCCGCAAAUGUCGCCCACCAAGAAGGAUGACAACGACGAGUCGGAUGAUGAUGAUGGGGCCCGCGCGGACCAGCUGUUCAGCAGCCCCUUGCGGGAGAUUUACAACGAUGCGCAGCCCGCGAGGGUGCCUCAGCCAAUCCUGGAGAAGCCCAAGCCCAAGCCUCUCGGUGUGAAGACGAUACCUCCCAAAGGACCCGUCAUCACAGACCCUCAAUGCAACCCGGUGGAUGACGUGGUGCGGAAUGAGAUUCUAGCCAAGAUGCACCCGCCACUGAGCUCUUAUGCCGGAUUCUUCGAUCAUCAGGCAGAGAAGCACGGAAAGGGGUCCGAGAUUCGCAAAGUAGCAAAGCUCAUGGCCAAGGCCAGGAGCAGUGGCGAGAGGACGAGCAACGCCUUUUCAGUCGUCGAAGUGGAGUUCCCUGACACGCCCACCACAUACACCAUUCGCAAGGAACUCGGUGCCGGCGCGUUUGCUCCCGUCUACCUCGUCGAAAACUCAACGGCCGAUCAGGAGGACGAGGAUCAAGAGAACAAUGGCGUCGCGGUCAUGGGCAGAGGAGCGUUCGCCGUUCGGCAGCGCAGCACCCUCGAGGCGCUCAAGAUGGAGCAGCCACCCAGUGCAUGGGAGUUCCACAUGAUCCGCCUCGCACAUUCUCGCGUCGGCCCCCAGCACCGUGCGGCCGCCUCCCUAACGUACGCCCACGAGAUGCACCUCUACCAAGACGAGGGCUUCCUCUUGCUGCCGCUGCACCCGCACGGCUCGCUGCUCGACGUUGUCAACCUGUUCCGCGCCGAGCCCUCAGCUGUCAUGGAUGAGCAGCUCGGCAUGUUUUUCACCAUCGAGCUGAUGCGCACCAUCGAGGCGUUGCACGCGCGGGGGGUGCUGCACGGCGACCUGAAGCCGGACAACUGCCUGCUGCGCCUCGACAACGGCGAUGCCGCCAACGCUGCGCCCCUGGCGACGCAAUACCGCGCCGACGGCACAGGCGGGUGGGCGGCGAGGGGCGUGGUGCUCAUCGAUUUCGGCCGGGGCAUCGACAUGCGCAACUUUGGGCCCGACACGCAGUUUGUCGCCGACUGGAAGACAGGGGCACACGACUGCGCCGAGAUGCGCGAGGGGCGGCCUUGGACUUGGCAGAUUGACUACCACGGUCUGGCCGGCGUCAUCUACUGCCUCCUGUUCGGGCGAUACAUUGAAACGGUACGGUGCGAUCAGGGCGGCAUCGGCGCCGGAGGGCGGCGGUAUCGUAUCAAGGAGAGUCUGAAGCGGUACUGGCAGACGGAGAUUUGGGGCGAAUGCUUUGACCUGCUGCUCAACCCUGGGUCGUUCGUCGACGUGGAGGAGGGACAAAAGAUGCCCAUCCUCCGGGGGUUGAAGCAGGUCAGGGAGAGGAUGGAGGCGUGGCUCGAGGAGAACUGCGAGAGGGGCGUCGGGCUCAAGAGCCUCGUUGGCAAGGUUGAGGCUCACGCGCGCGCCAGGCGAUGA